UCCGUGUUUCCGUGUCAAUCAGCAAACGAUGCCAACGCUUGCGUGACGCAAUGGGGCCCGUGCAAUCGCAGCUCUGCGUCUGCUGGGGUCCGCGCAACUGCAGUGGGCCGCGGCUUGUUGCUGCCCUGGAUACCAAGAAGAAAGGAGUUCCGGGAAGUGGCGUGCCGGCGCAGCCCCACUUGGUGCUCCAUUUCGAUGUGAACAAGACCAUUGUCAUGGUAGACACCAUCCAGGGGAUCCCAUCCGCAGACGUCCUCAACGGUAUCCUGGCGGAGUGCGCCUGGGGACGGGUGAAGCCGCCCAACGGGUCCCCCGAGCAUGGCUGGCAGCUCGUGUGCGACAAACCUCUCUCCGUGAGGCCUCCAGAGACCCCCGAGCUGGUCAGCUACCUGGAAUACCUGGAGCAGAUUUUGCCUGGGAAGGCCAAGGACAUGAAGAAGAAGAGGGAGCAGAUGUGGAAGAAGUUCACCGAGCCGGGGCAGCCGGGGGAGGAGCUGCGGCCCUUCUACCAACAGCUGGAGUCCUCGUUGGCGGGGCACCGCAUGGUGGGCACCAACAUGGUGAUCGCUGCCUUCUUUGAGCUUUUGGUGGAGCUGCUCAACAAGGGCCGGUCCUUCUCCAUCGUUUUCCGGACCUUUGGGUCCGACCUCCCCGCGGUGCAGGCGGAAUUUAAUGCCUUUUGUGCGGGACAACACCCAAAGUAUCCAGACCUUCGCUUGGAUGGUUCUGCCGAAGGCAAGCCAGAUCUGCGCUUGAAGGCUGAAAACACAGGUUCCUGGUAUCGAAGCAGCGAGGACAUGAGCGUGGUGUGGGGAACGGUGACGCUUGAAGAGGACUUAGCUGCUGCAGGAGGAGUCUUGGAUGAGUUCCUGAGCCACCCAGACAACUCUGGUUUGACUUCGAGCCGCGGCCUAGAGGCAGUUGUAGAGGAGCUGCGGCUACGAACCAGCCAGCCUUCAGUCUUAGCCCUGCGUGACUACUUCCCCUACUGGCAGCGAGGCGGGCAGCAUGGGCCCUAUGGCAAGCCGCUCCUGGUGGACACGUGUGACCAUCGAUACCACCCUGUGUUUUUCGAUGACAAUAUCACCCUGGACACCGAGGAUACAAAGAUUGUCGAUGCCCGUGACAAGACCGGCCGAGCACUCUGGCCGGUCUACGCGCAGCGCUACUUUAUCUGCCGGGCCGAACCCUUGCUGGCGCUCUUGGAUGACCGCUACUUCAUCAGAAAGGUGGAAGAGAAGGAGCGCUGCUUCUUUCGGAAACGAAGGGCCAGAAUGCGUUUGAGGGCUGCCACCCUCGCGGUGUCCAGGAUCAUUCGGGAUGACAAUGUGAACAUCCCGAACGAAUCGCAAGUUGAGUAUGAUGCCUGGAAACAGUCACGCAUUAGCUUAUCAAGAACGCACUUUUCAUCGUCCACUGCCCAAGACGAUGAGAAAGAACAUGAAAUUGUCCGAAAGCCAUAACAAGCUGCUGAUUGCUUACGACAUCCAAC